GCUUCGGGUUUCAUCUUGACAGGGGGUAGGGGCUGGACUGCUUUUGGAAUAUACGAAGAUCCAUUGAAGGCAGAGCGGACAUAUAACGGCGGUGCUGAGUUCCUGCCGGGGGCCUGGCGCUGCAUUCCUGUCCGCUGCCGGAGCUUCAGUGCAUGGUGGUCCGGCCCGGCUCGACUCGGUUCGGUUCGAUCACUGGGAGCACAUACACACACACACACACACACACACACACACACACACAGACUGAAACGGAGAGCGAGCAGCGUGCCGUGCGCUCCAUCCUCCUCCGCGGCGCUUCGUCUUCCCCCCCCCCAACGCACCCCGGAGGCCCUGCUGCAUGUCUGACAUCUAGACAUGUUCAUCUCGGUGGAUUCCAGGACUGUACUGCUCCUCUGCCUCGUGGCCGCGGCCAGAUGUCAGCAGGAGGACGACCAGGCGGAAGGGGGCUGCGUGCAGGAUGACCGGCACUAUAACGACAAGGACGUGUGGAAGCCAGAGCCCUGUCACAUUUGUGUGUGCGACACUGGGACCAUCCUGUGUGACGAAAUUAUCUGCGAGGAGCUAAAAGGCUGCCCAAACCCCGAGAUCCCAUUCGGAGAGUGUUGCCCCAUCUGCCCGGCUGAGCAGGCCCCUCCCAGUGGACAAGUUGGUGUUAAGGGACAGAAGGGAGAACCAGGAGAUAUCAUUGAUAUUGUAGGACCAAGAGGACCAGCAGGCCCCAUGGGGCCCCCAGGAGAGCAGGGACCACGUGGCGAGCGAGGGGAGAAGGGAGAGAAGGGAAGUCCUGGCCCCCGUGGCAGAGAUGGCGAGCCUGGUACCCCUGGGAACCCGGGCCCCCCUGGCCCUCCUGGGCCAAAUGGUCCCCCUGGGCUUAGCGGGAAUUUCGCAGCUCAGAUGGCUGGUGGCUUUGACGAGAAGGCUGGAGGUGCUCAGAUGGGCGUGAUGCAAGGACCGAUGGGCCCUAUGGGUCCAAGAGGACCACCGGGCCCCACUGGAGCCCCUGGCCCUCAAGGUUUCCAAGGCAACCCCGGAGAGCCUGGAGAGCCUGGCACUGCAGGCCCCAUAGGUCCCCGCGGGCCGCCUGGACCUCCAGGAAAACCUGGUGAGGAUGGUGAAGCUGGCAAGCCUGGGAAAGCUGGUGAUCGUGGACCCUCUGGGCCUCAGGGAGCUCGUGGAUUCCCAGGAACCCCAGGUCUGCCUGGAAUCAAAGGACACAGAGGUUACCCGGGUCUUGAUGGUGCAAAAGGAGAAAGUGGAGCUGCAGGAGCUAAGGGUGAGGCAGGUUCUUCUGGUGAGAACGGCGCGCCCGGACCGAUGGGCCCCCGUGGUCUUCCGGGUGAGAGGGGCCGACCCGGACCUCCCGGGUCUGCUGGUGCUCGUGGAAACGAUGGCUCUCCAGGCCCCGCUGGCCCCCCUGGGCCUGUUGGUCCAGCUGGUGCUCCAGGCUUCCCUGGUUCCCCAGGUGCCAAGGGUGAAGCUGGUCCCACGGGUGCUCGUGGACCUGAGGGAGCCCAGGGACCCCGCGGCGAAUCCGGAACGCCAGGAUCUCCCGGACCUUCUGGUCCUUCUGGUAACCCUGGUACCGACGGUAUCCCUGGAGCCAAGGGAUCUGUUGGAGCUCCUGGUAUUGCUGGCGCUCCUGGCUUCCCAGGACCCCGUGGACCCCCUGGACCUCAGGGAGCCACGGGACCUCUAGGGCCCAAAGGGCAGUCGGGUGACCCUGGUAUUCCAGGGUUCAAGGGUGAAGCAGGUCCCAAAGGAGAGCAAGGCCCCGCUGGACUUCAGGGUCCUCUUGGCCCAGCAGGAGAGGAGGGCAAGAGGGGACCCAGAGGAGAGCCUGGUGCUGCGGGCCCAAUUGGACCUCCUGGCGAGAGAGGCGCUCCCGGUAACCGUGGUUUCCCAGGUCAGGAUGGUGUGGCUGGUCCCAAGGGUGCCCCUGGUGAGCGUGGACCUCAGGGUGUGUCUGGACCCAAGGGUGCCACAGGUGACCCAGGCCGCCCUGGAGAGCCUGGUCUGCCUGGAGCAAGGGGUCUUACCGGUCGCUCUGGUGAUUCUGGUCCUCAAGGCAAAGUUGGCCCAUCAGGUGCUCCUGGUGAGGAUGGCCGCCCUGGACCUCCUGGUCCCCAAGGAGCACGCGGUCAACCUGGUGUGAUGGGCUUCCCUGGGCCCAAGGGAGCCACCGGUGAGCCUGGCAAACCAGGGGAGAAAGGACUGGCUGGUGCUCCAGGUCUCAGAGGUCUGCCUGGGAAAGAUGGUGAGACCGGUGCUGCCGGCCCCCCUGGCCCAGCUGGACCUGCCGGAGAGAGAGGAGAACAAGGUCAGCCUGGACCCUCUGGGUUCCAGGGUCUUCCUGGACCUCCUGGCCCCCCUGGUGAGGGAGGCAAGCCUGGUGACCAGGGUGUUCCUGGAGAGGCUGGGGCUGCUGGUGCAACUGGACCCAGAGGUGAGCGUGGUUUCCCUGGAGAGAGAGGAAGCGCUGGACCUCAAGGCUUACAGGGGCCUCGCGGGCUGCCCGGAACUCCUGGAACUGAUGGACCGAAGGGAGCCAUUGGGCCAGGCGGCCCCCCGGGUGCUCAGGGACCUCCUGGCCUUCAGGGCAUGCCUGGCGAAAGAGGACCUUCUGGUAUUCCUGGACCUAAGGGUGACAGAGGUGACAACGGUGAGAAAGGACCUGAGGGCGCGCCUGGAAAAGAUGGCUCCAGAGGGUUAACCGGCCCAAUUGGUCCUCCUGGUCCAGGUGGUCCCAACGGUGAGAAGGGUGAAUCCGGACCUGCUGGUCCCCCUGGAGCUCCUGGUACUCGCGGUGCACCUGGUGACCGUGGUGAGACUGGUCCCCCUGGGCCUGCUGGCUUUGCUGGUCCUCCUGGUGCAGAUGGUCAGCCUGGAGCUAAGGGAGAUCAAGGUGAGGUUGGACAGAAGGGUGAUGGCUGGAGCACCUGGCCCCCGGGACCUUCUGGAGCCCCAGGGCCACAGGGUCCCACAGGUGUAUCUGGACCCAAAGGUGCCCGUGGUGCACAAGGACCCCCUGUGAGUGCAACCGGAUUCCCUGGUGCAGCAGGCAGAGUCGGACCCCCUGGUCCCAACGGUAAUCCUGGUCCUGCUGGCCCUGCUGGUCCUCCUGGAAAAGAUGGCCCCAAGGGUGUCCGUGGUGAUGGUGGCCCCCCAGGUAGACAGGGAGACCCUGGGCUUCGAGGUCCUGCUGGCACACCUGGAGAGAAAGGAGAGCCUGGAGAGGAUGGACCCCCUGGUCCAGAUGGUCCCUCUGGCCCACAGGGUCUGGCUGGACAGCGUGGUAUUGUUGGUCUGCCUGGACAGCGUGGUGAGAGAGGUUUCCCUGGCCUUCCUGGUCCCUCUGGUGAACCUGGCAAGCAAGGUGCUCCGGGUACAGCAGGUGACCGUGGACCCCCUGGGCCUGUGGGACCCCCUGGAUUGACUGGUCCUGCUGGAGAGCCUGGAAGAGAAGGCAACCCUGGGUCUGAUGGGCCCCCAGGUAGAGAUGGUGCCACUGGAAUCAAGGGUGACCGAGGUAACACUGGUCCUGCUGGUGCUCCAGGAGCCCCAGGUGCACCUGGGCCCAGGUCCGUGGGUCCCACUGGCAAGCAGGGAGACAGAGGAGAGGCU